CAUCGACUAGGCUAUCAUUCACCUCAGAGACAGGAAGAGUGGGCUUUGCUGGAUCCUUCUCAGAAGAAUCUUUACAAAGAUGUGAUGCUGGAGACCUAUAUGAACCUCACUGCUAUAGGCUACAAAUGGGAAGAUCUUAAUAUUGAAGAACAUUGUCAAUGUCCUCGAAGACAUGGAAGGCAUGAAAGAAGUCAUACUGGAGAGAAACCCUAUGAAUGUAAUCAAUGUGAUAAAGGCUUUUCACCACACAGUCAUUUUCAAAAGCAUAAAAUAACACAUACCGGACAGAAAACCUAUGAAUAUAAUCAAUGUGGUAAAGUCUUUGCACAACACAGUCUUCAAAUGAUUAAAAUAACACAUACUGGAGAGAAACCCUAUGAAUGUAAUCAAUGCAGUAAAGCAUUUGCACGUCACAGUCAUCUUCAAAUGCAUGAAAGAACACAUACUGGAGAGAAACCCUAUGAGUGUAACCAAUGUGGUAAAGCCUUUGCAUGUCAUAGUAAUCUCCAAAUACAUGAAAGAAGACAUAUGGAAGAGAAACCCUAUAAAUGUAAUCAAUGUGGUAAAGGCUUUGUAUGUCAAAGUAGUCUCCGAAUACAUAAAAGAAAACAUACUGGAGAGAAACCCUAUGAAUGUAAUCAAUGUGGUAAAGCCUUUGCACAACAUAGUAGUCUUCAAAUGCAUAAAAUAACACAUACUGGAGAGAAACCCUAUGAGUGUAAUCAAUGCAGUAAAGCCUUUGCACAACACAGUGCUCUUCAAAUGCAUAAAAGAACACAUACUGGAGAGAAACCCUAUGAAUGUAAUCAAUGUGGUAAAGCCUUUGCUUGUCAUAGUAAUCUCCAAAUACAUAAAAGAAGACAUACUGGAGAGAAACCCUAUCAAUGUAAUCAGUGUGGUAAAGCCUUUGCACAACAUAGUCAUCUUCAAAGGCAUAAAAUAACACAUACUGGAGAGAAACCCUAUGAAUGUAAUCAGUGUGAUAAAGCCUUUGCACAACACAGUAGUCUUCAAAUGCAUAAAAGAACACAUACUGGAGAGAAACCCUAUGAGUGUAACCAAUGUGGUAAAGCCUUUGCACAACAAAGUAAUCUCCAAAUACAUAAAAGAAGACAUACUGGAGAGAAACCCUAUGAAUGUAAUCAAUGUGGUAAAACCUUUGCACAACCCAGUCAUCUUCAAAGGCAUAAAAGAACACAUACUGGAGAGAAACCCUAUGAAUGUAAUCAAUGUGAUAAAGCCUUUGCACAACAAAGUAAUCUCCAAAUACAUAAAAAAAGACAUACUGGAGAGAAGCCCUAUGAAUGUAAUCAAUGUGGUAAAACUUUUGAGCAACACAGUGCUCUUCAAAUGCAUAAAAUUACACAUACUGGAGAGAAGCCCUAUGAAUGUAAUCAAUGUGAUAAAGCCUUUGCACAAAACAGUCAUCUUCAAAGGCAUGAAAGAAAACAUACUGGAGAUAAACCCUAUCAAUGUAAUCAAUGUGGUAAGACCUUUGCACAACACAGUCAUCUUCAAAGGCAUAAAACAAUACAUAUGGAUGUGGUGGUAUUGUGUUCCCCAAAAUAUUGUGCACCCUAAUAAACUUAUCUGGGGUCACAGAACAGAACAGCCACAAUAUUAAACAUAGAGGAUAGGCAGUGGUAGCACACGCCUUUAAUCCUAGCAUUCCAGAGGCAGAAAUCCAUCUGGAUCUUUGUGAGUUCAAGGCCACAUUGGAAACAGCCAGGCAUGGUGACACACGCCUUCAAUCCCAAGAAAUGAGCCUUUAAUCCCAGGGAAUGAUGGCAGAAAGCAGAAAGAUAUAUAAGGUGUGAAGAUCAGAAACUAGAAGCAUUUGGCUGGUUAAGCUUUUAGACUUUUGAGUAGCACAAUUCAGCUGAGAUCCAUUUUAGAUGAGGACACAGAAGCUUCCAGUCUGAGGAAACAGGAUCAGCUGUGGAAUUGGCAAGACCUUUAAGAUUCAUGCUACAUAUGGGAGAGAAACCCUAUGAGUGUAAUCAAUGUGGUAAAGCCUUUGAGCAACACAGUGCUCUUCAAAUGCAUAAAAUUACACAUACUGGAGAGAAACCCCAUGAAUAUAAUCAAUGUGAUAAAGCCUUUGCAUGUAUUAGUAAUCUUCAAAAUCAUAAGAAAUCAUACUGCAGAGAAACCCUCUAAAUGUAAAGUUUUGCAAGUCACAGUAGUCUUUAUUACAAGAGUAAAACUUUUAGUUUAUAAUUGGUCUGUUAAAGCCUUUGAAUAUAAAAUUAGACUUGAGGAUCUGAAAAACCUCAUACUGAAAGGAAACUAUAAGUGAUUUGGUGAGAUCUUUAGCCAACACUUAUAUUCAGUUACACAAAAUUAUUCUGGAGAGAAAAAUCUGAUGAGUGUCAACAAUCUGUUUAAGCAUUAUGAUGUCCCUUUUUAUUUUGUUUAAACCUGCAAAGUCACAUG